AGGGUGCACUAGGAGGUCAAAUCCAUGGAGUCAACUUACAGUAGGAGUAUUGUCCCCAAAAUAGACAUAUUCAUAUCACAGCCAACCUGUUAACCUUUGGGAACCCUAUCGUCUUAUGAGAAAACAAUAUAAUUGUAUUUAACAAAAUUUUCAAGUGUUACCUAGGCAGUUCUCUUACCAGAGCCCUCAUAUCUAUGUUGCAGAAUUAAUUGGUUAAAGAAAUUCCACAGUAAAUUUUUAAAAAAUAAUAAUGUACGCAACCAUUUCAAUUGAUUAAGCCCCGAAGUAGAUCUUUCGUUAAUAUUAACAGAAAUGAAAUCUUGACCUAAUGGGGUAUGAGAUCUUUACGAAAAGAAGACUUCGUUUUCUUUUCCAAGAUAUUUUUAACUAUCGGCGGUAUCUCCGAGUGAAUAACCAGGAAGGUUUAGCCGGGAAAUCCCCAAUUUUUUCUUUUGGACAAUAAGCAUUGAAGGUGACAAAUAUCGAUGGCAUCUCAGGGUUGGGUUCGGUAAUAGAAAGGCCGAUCUAGAACUCAAUUGAUCAUUGAUAUGCAUUGAAGUUCUUCAUCGUCGGCGGUAUCACCGAGUCGGAGUUGGGAUCGGUACCAUCAUGGUAGAAGUACUUAAAUUAAAACCAUUUUCAAUGGUAUACAGCGAAGUCCUCAGCCAUCGGAAACAUUCUCCCAUUUACAAGAAAAGUGAACGGAGUACUCUGAAUUUUCCACCAUACUUGGAACAAUAAAAAAAUUCAAAUUUACUUGAAAUGGCUGCGAAUUUUUUUUUUAGGAUUACGUAGACGUCACUACAUAUGUGCGAAAUACAAAUAAAGUAAAUAUUCCACAAAUCCGUGUUCUGGACCUUUAGAUCACGGCGUUACAACACAGCUUACCUAAACGGACUAUUUUUUAGUGAUAAGAAUCUUAAUAAUCUACGUACUAAAAUUGGAAUUUCACAGCAAUACACUUUUAAGGUUUGUGUCGAUCUCUGCAGGAAAAAAAACAAACAAAAAAUUGGGAAAAAAAAGAAUUGAUUGCUUCUCUGACAUGAGCUUAAUAUAUCGAACGCGGCCUCGUAUUAGAAACAUUAGAAUAAGCCCAUGUUUACAAGAUUUAGCUGGCUUUACCGCGAAAUCACCCGGUUACGUUCCAUGGAAUAAUAAAGAGAGAUUGAAUGGCUGAACUUGAAUUUCAAUCUGUGUGAGAUCUAUUGAAUAGGAUUUGGCACAGUAACUCUCACACAGAAAACCUUUUUCGUGAAUAAUACUCGGGGAAGAUCAGCAUUACCGUUUAGAGCCUUCAUUCCAGUCUGCAUAGCACCACCCAACAAUAUCACUCUUGGACAGAUUCGAUAAGCUUUACAAUGGAGUCAUUUCUAAAAAUAGAAUUUUUUGUAUUUUUUUGUGAACGGCGUGUUCUCUCCUACAGGAACGAGAAACGGAAAUGGUCUGUUUCCACAGCUCGUGCAUGUAGAUUCGUCAUUUACGUAGAAUAGCUCCAAUGGAGCCAUGUCCACCAUCUCACAGUAUAUCGGCUCACAUGCAGCGCGCUUGACAUACCAUUGGACUCAAACUUGAGCAUUGGUCCUAAAUGAAUAACUUUGAUGUUUAGUGCAAUGUAAGAAUUUUUUUUUUUUUAGCAUUUAUCACUUUGACGGGAUCCAAUCGCCGCUAUGUUUAUACCUUGUGGUACAGAACCCUUCAAGAGCCGGACCGGGCCGGGCUUGAUGUGACGUUUUUUGCGCCUCCCAAGGAACUCAUCUCGCCCUUUUCUGGCUCUGUUUGACACACUUGUAGAGAGUCCGCUUUUUUUUUUCGGACGCACCGUAUGCACCCACCCCUCAAUAUUUGGACUUUAUGUGGUAAAUCUAAUUGAUCAGUGUGACAAAAAUGUCCUUCAACUUCUAUAGUUUUUCUUUUAUUUUAGCGUAUUGUUUUUUUUUUUUUUACUUCUUUUUCACUUCAAUUAUUUUUAGAUUAUUUCCUAUUCCAGAAAAAUGUAACGUCGUCACCGUUGCGAAAUCCCAUUUGAAUGUUCGAUUAGGGCCUUUGAAGAUAGGAGAAUACCAGUUAUCUUCAUAGGUCAGCAGUUUGAUUGUCUGGGAGGUCCCACAGAGACGCCCCCCUAGCUGCCGCUCUCCACCCAGCAUUGUGUUGACAACUGUGCUGGCUUCCUUGCAAGCCUUAUUUCUAUUUUUAUUCACACAAACGACUUAUGUUUCCAUGCGCAUUUUGAAGUGCGGCCUUUUUCACAAGUUUGAGUUAUAUAUAGAAAGUAAUUUUUUUUUUUUUCCAUUUUUAAUUUUUUCCCUGCAUUGUUGCGAGUUCAAAUCUACGGGAACUCAUAAUUUGAAAAUAUAUGCUAUAUUCUUUCUACUUUGGUAACCUUUUUAUUUGAGAACAUCUAACACCCAGGACUCCAGGAACAGUGGAAGCCAGUACGUAGACCCACAAUUCUCUUCCAGGGCAACUCUCGAUAUACACUCAAAACCACAGAGCAAGACAAACACCAUUGACCAUGUCCGAGUCUCAUAUCCCUGGUAAAUCUCUCAAUAAGGUUUACAACCAGGACUUUAUCAUCGAUAAACGGUUCAAGAUCGUGAAGGAGCUUGGCCACGGAGCGUAUGGGAUCGUGUGUCUGGCCAAGUACGACGACGGCGGUGCCAACCCAGAUAAUGCCAACUAUGUUGCCAUCAAAAAGAUCACCAAUAUUUUUUCAAAGAAAAUUCUUUGUAAGCGAUCACUCCGGGAAUUGAAGCUUUUACAAUUUUUCCGUGGACAUAAGAACAUCACAUGUUUGUACGACUUGGACAUCGUCCCAGACCAGAUCACAGGCGAGUUCAACGAGGUAUAUCUUUACGAGGAGUUGAUGGAGUGUGACAUGCAUCAGAUCAUCAGAUCGGGGCAAGCAUUGACUGAUUCACAUUAUCAAUCUUUUAUUUAUCAAAUUUUAUGUGGGUUGAAAUACAUCCAUAGCGCUGACGUUUUGCAUCGUGACUUAAAACCAGGGAAUCUAUUGGUGAAUGCCGAUUGUGAAUUAAAGAUUUGUGAUUUUGGAUUGGCUAGAGGGUUUCUGGAAAACCCAGAACAAAACUCUGGAUUUAUGACGGAAUAUGUUGCCACCAGAUGGUACAGAGCACCCGAAAUAAUGUUGAGUUUCACCAACUAUACUAAGGCCAUAGAUAUUUGGUCGGUUGGAUGUAUUUUGGCCGAGCUUUUGGGAGGAAAACCUUUGUUUAGAGGAAAGGAUUACGUUGAUCAAUUAAAUCAAAUUUUGAGGAUUUUGGGGACGCCAAAGGAAUCUACCUUGACGAAAAUCGGAUCUAACCGUGCACAAUCAUAUGUCAGAUCACUCCCAUUCAUGAGAAAAGUUCAAUAUCUGGAGUUAUAUCCAAAUGCAAACCCCUUGGCAUUGGAUCUUUUGGAAAAAAUGUUAACCUUGGAUCCUUAUGAACGGAUAACUGUGACAGAAGCACUUGAACAUCCAUACCUUGCAGUAUGGCACGAUCCAAUGGAUGAACCUGAAUGUCAAGUUAAGUUUGAUUUCAAGUCAUUUGAAAAUGUUAAUGAAAUGGAUGAUAUGAAGCAAUUGAUUGUCGAUGAGGUGAAGCAAUUCCGUGAGUUUGUAAGGAAACCAAUCCAAGAACAACAACAAAUUCAACUCCAAGUGCAACUCCAACAACAGCAGAAGCAGAGAGAAGAGGAGACUCAACAACAGCAACAGAAGCAGUUGCAAGAACGUCAACACCUCCAACAACAACAGCACCUCCAGCAACAGCAUCAUCAACACCAACAUCAACAACAACAGCAACAACAACAGUUACAGCAACAACAACAAAUCCAACAUCAUCAAGAACACCCACAAUACAAUAUGAUCACACCCAACAACCAGUACGUGGAUAUGAUGACAACACCAACUACGUUCAACAACUUCACCCCUACAUCCGGUGUAAACACAAAUGCACCAGAUCUCAAGAGCGAUAGCGAGCUCCAAUACUACCAAUCGAUGCCCAAACCACAGGAGCUUGACGAGUUCACCUUCUCUGGCGGUAACGAAAAUGACACGAAUAUUAAUUCCAACGGUGAUAACCUUUUUCGACUUGAAGAAGAGUUAGGAUUCGGACUAGAUGGCGCAGGUUUUUUUAACAACUUGUAGGACUUUGCAUUAUUAUUGAAUAAAUAAAAACCAUAUAUAGAAACACAGAGAGGGUGUAGAUCCUUGUAACUGUUCGAUAUAUGCUACAUUAAGAUCACUACAAUGGUCUAAUGGAUCGUAUCUU